AAGAGCACUUCCGGUUCCGGCUGCAAACCGGAGAAGAUAUGGCGGUGUCUGCGUCGGUAGCUGUUGGAGAGGAGGACUGGGUCCUUCCCUCUGAAGUCGAAGUGUUAGAGUCUAUCUAUCUGGAUGAACUACAGGUGGUUAAAGGAAAUGGCAGAUCUUCACCAUGGGAGAUCUCCAUCACCCUGCACCCUGCCACUGCAGAGGACCAGGACUCCCAGUAUGUCUGCUUCACUCUGGUGCUUCAGGUCCCAACACAGUAUCCCAGUGAGGUGCCACAGAUCUCUAUCCGUAACCCCCGAGGACUCUCAGAUGAACAGAUACUCACGAUCUCACAGGCACUGAGCCAUGUGGCCAAGGCUGGGCUGGGCACUGCCAUGCUCUAUGAACUCAUUGAGAAAGGGAAGGAAAUUCUCACAGAUAACAAUAUUCCCCAUGGCCAGUGUGUCAUCUGCCUAUACGGUUUCCAGGAGAAGGAGGCCUUUACCAAAACGCCCUGUUACCACUACUUCCACUGCCACUGCCUUGCUCGGUACAUCCACCACAUGGAGCAGGAGCUGAAGGCUCAAGGGCAGGAGCAGGAGCAGGAAUGGCAGCAUGCUGCAGCCAAACAGAAGUCAGUCGGUGUGCAGUGUCCAGUGUGCAGAGAGCCUCUUGUCUAUGAUCUUGCCACUCUGGAAGCAGCUCCUGAACCCCAACAGCCCAUGGAGCUGUACCAGCCCAAUGCAGAGAGCUUACGCCAGCAGGAAGAGCGCAAGCGGCUCUACCAGAGGCAGCAGGAGCGGGGGGGCAUCAUCGACCUUGAGGCUGAGCGUAACCGGUACUUCAUCAGCCUCCAGCAGCCCCCUGCUCCUGUGGAACCUGAGUCAGCUGUAGAUCUCUCCAGAGGAUCCCACUCACCCAGUACCCUUGCUGCAGAACUGUCCACCUCAACUACCCAGCCCACCCUGUCAAUUCCUCUGCCUGUGGCCACCCAGCACACAUGUGAGAAGAUUCCAGGGACUAGGCUGAAUCAACAGAGGUUGGGUGAGACCCAGAAAGCUAUGCCAGAUCCCCCCCGGGCCAGUCGAGGCCCCUGGCGACAGCUGGAACGGAGGCGUUUGAAGGGAGGAGAAUGCUGUGCCCCCAAAGGUACCAGUGACAUCCAGGAACUGCCACCUCCUGAGAGGCCCCUCAAGGAGCACCUGAACCUAAAGCCAGAACCCCAGAGCCAAGGGGUUGAAGGUCCUUCACAAGAGAAGGGGUCUGGCAACUGGCAGGGCCCCCCACCUCGCAGGACGCGGGACUGUGCUCGCUGGGAGCGCUCCAAAGGUCGGACACCGGGUUCUUCCUACCCCCACCUGCCUCGGGGGCGGGGAGCCUGCCGGCCUGGUGCUUGGAGAGAGCCCCUAGGCCUCGAACCUGAGGAUGGUUCCUAGCAGUACUGUUGGGGGAGAGGGAUUUUGGGGUGGGAGGGGG